AUGGAGUUUACGAGCAAUGCUGAAAUAGAUUCGUUCGUUAUUGGGGACAAUACCAUAGAAUUGAUUGGUUAUGUAGAUGGAAUCGAUGGUAGCAAGCAAAUAUUGUUUAUCGAGAGGGGCCUAAUUCAGAAUGUAAAUAUGACGUUCUUCAAAAAAGAAGAAAAUGUAGUCCCCAUUGAAGUUUGUUGUUGGCGUAAUACCACAAUUAAGAUACUGGGGCGUUAUGAAGAAUUAGGUACGAUUGAGCCUCAAAGCACAAUAAACACGUGCAUUAAAAACUGUGCCAAGGAAAUUGGAAAAAUAAUAAGAUUACAGGGAUAUAUAAGAGUGGAGUUCACGUUGGUGCCCAUGGGACACUCUUCAUAUGGCAAUGGGGCCAUUGUUGACGAUGUAUAUAGGCUUAGAGUACACAUCGUUGACUUUAAGGACGAUCCAACUUUGAAAUCCGGGGUACACGUCGAAUGUGUGGGAGAAAUUAAAAAAGACAAAAAUGAUGGAAUUUUUUUGCAAUUGGAAAACAUGAGCAAAAUAGAAAUUAUUGACGAACUGGUUCUAUCAACUGAUAAUUUAAGACGGGGAAUAAUUCCUCCAGAAACUAGAAUUCUAGAUGAUGAUGAAAAAAAUAAAGCAAAACGAAGUCGAAUUCAAAAAAAUUUGGAUGAUAGCGGAAUAAAUUUUAGCCGCGUUGAUUUGGAUGAGGAUGUAACCUGGGAUUCUGAAUAAUAAUUUCAGCAGUCCAGCAAAUCAGAAUAAGCUUUUUUUAGGAUUUAAACUGGGGAUUUCGAAUAAUAAUUUCAGAUUUAAACUGGGAUUCCGAAUGAUAAUCUGAGCAGUUCAGUAAAUCAGAAUACGUUUUUUUUUGUUUACUUGGCAGCUCACUGAUGGUGAUUUUGGGCCACAUGGCAUAAUACUUUAAUUUUUUUCUCUUUAUGAUUUC